UCCCCCUUCCGGCGUUUGCAUAAAUGGGCCAUUACGAAAUUGGUGAAUGGGCCGUGCCGUCAGGUAAAUGAAAGAUGUACGGAGGAGAUGACGUGGGAAGAAAGUCGUUGAGCAACCCCACCCGUCGCAUAACUAAUAAACAUGCACCUCUCACCAGUGUUCACACGUGUCCUCCUAACACGUAUUCAUUCAUGUCCCAACACACAUUACAUUACAUUAGAUUAUCACGGGAAGAAGGACACAACACAAGUCAGAAGACAAGACAAUCAAUUGAUUAUUUUCUGUUCGGAAAUGAAGGGUAGCAAGAGGCCCAUCCACGCCGUCACGACAUGGGUUCGGCGCCAACCGCCCAAGAUAAAGGCCUUUCUCGCGGUGCUGUCUGCCCUUGCGGCCUUGCUCUUCCUCAGAAUCGUCGUUCACGACCACGACAGCCUCUUCGUCGCCGCCGAGUUUGUCCAUGCAUUAGGAAUCUCCGUCCUCAUUUACAAACUCACCAAGGAAAAAACCUGUGCCGGGCUUUCGCUUAAAUCGCAGGAGCUGACGGCUAUGUUUCUGGGUGUUAGACUUUAUUGCAGUUUUGUGAUGGAAUAUGAUAUACACACCCUACUCGAUAUGGCAACCUUGGCCACCACCCUCUGGGUUAUUUAUAUGAUACGUUUCAAAUUGAAAUCUAGUUAUAUGGAUGAUAAGGACAACCUUGCAAUAUACUAUGUGGUAAUACCUUGUGCUGUGCUGUCCUUGUUAAUUCAUCCAACAACCCGGCAUCAUCCACUUAAUAGGAUUCUCUGGGCAUUUUGUGUUUAUCUUGAAGCUGUUUCUGUUCUCCCUCAGCUGCGGGUCAUGCAGAACACUAAGAUUGUUGAACCAUUCACAGCACACUAUGUUUUUGCUCUUGGAGUUGCAAGGUUCUUGAGUUGUGCACAUUGGGUCCUCCAGGUAUUAGAUACUCGUGGACGUCUACUGACUGCAUUGGGUUAUGGAUUGUGGCCUUCUAUGGUUCUUCUAUCAGAAAUUGUCCAAACUUUCAUUCUGGCAGAUUUUUGCUACUACUACGUCAAGAGUCUUGUUGGGGGACAACUUGUUCUUCGACUUCCUUUAGGAGUGGUCUAACUUAAACAUUCAAGUAGGACGUUCCUUUAGCAUGCAGCACUCGGUAAGUCAGAGUAGCUAGUUGAUCUUUGACGUGUUAUGUAUCUAUCUGCGGUCAGAGUGAACAGAGUUGAGAAUGUACUAUACAUGUAACAUCGUGAAAUUUUAAUUUAUCUUUUGAUCAGUUCAAGUUUGUGUUGGUAGUUAACAGAUAACAAAUAUAUUAAAUGAUCCUUUGGAUACGAGCAAA